GUCGCAUUAUAUGCGGCGUUUGCGAUGGAUAUUUUUGACAUACAACAUGAAAGUGAAAACAUAUUGUUGAGAGUCAAAUUUGCUUUGGUGUUGCAUAGAAAGUGUAAUCGUAUAGCGCAUAAACACCUACGUUGCGUUGUUCUUGUUAAAACCGUUUCUGGACUACAAUUUUGUUCCCAAAAUCCAAUAGACAAUUCAAUAUGUCUGCAAAAGACUUGGAAGCCGAAACAAUUCAACCUGUUGAAUUUGAUACGGAGGAUUUAAUGGUUAAGGAUUUUAAUGAUCCGCAUUUAAACUGCUACGAUGAAGGUCCUGGCAGUAAUCUUCAAGAUGAGUGCGCUCUGCCGAAUCAGACAAAUCGAUCGGAUUGUGGAGUUAUUCUGAGAUUUGUUCCUUCGAUUUUGGGCGAUAAAGGAAUCAAGAACUUGUGCAACAAAUACGGUCAAGUCAAAGAAGUCCAAAACAAAUGGAUGAACUAUGAACGCACUGGGGAGAAUGUGGUUGUAAAGAUCGCGAGUGUGGCGGAUGCUGAGAGUGUCAUCCAUAACAUCAACAACCUUUGCUUAAAAGUAGGCGGUAAAGUGAUGAAAGCUAGCUUCUAUAAGCAGAAACAACAGUACAAACCAAGACUGGAUGACUCGAAUGAAGAAAGUCCGGAAGUGGACGAGGCUAUGAAGGGAAGAAAAUUUGAGAGAGCCGAAAUUGUGAAUGAGUUCCAUCUACCAUUGGCCAUACCAUCACCGUUACCAGAACCGAAUGAAGUUGAUAAUCAGCGUAUGAAAAUUUUGUUGGAAGGUGGUCAACAUUUUCCAACAAUCACCAACGGAAGUGUCAUUUACAGACAUUCACCGAACUCUAUUGCAAUGAUGGAAAAGUUUUCAUCUAAUUCCAUGGGAAGCUUCGAUGAAGAAAUGCAACACUUUGUGCACAAUGCCACGAACGACCUCACAGUACCAGAACAAUGCAAAAAUUGUCAGAGUCCAACAGUGAAGUUCUGCAAGGGAUGCAAGGACUCCUUUUGUUCGAUAUAUUGCUUGAAGGAAUACAAUAGCAACGAAUGUGGCUGCUCUUGUGUCAGCUCAAGUACACCUGAGGCCAUUGUCAACAGGCGAGCAAAUCGCCACUCUGCCGGUCGAGGGGCGAAACUACUUUCACCUAGAGUUUUGGCUCCGCGAUCAAGCUCGAUUUCUUCAACUGACUCUGAUACAAAAUCGACCGGAUCAGGCACACAGAAAAAGCGGGCCGCUUUCCUACGCGCAUGCCUAGACCAACAGAAUAUCGAGUCAGUUAUCCAAGUCAAACCAUGCGAUCUGCCGAAGAACAACAAACUGGUUGUUAUCACCAAUGUUUUGAGCCAUAAGAUUGUUUUCUUGAGGUCAUUCGAGCCGAACGACAAUGAACGAUACGUGAAAUACCUAAACGAUGUGGCUGAAUAUGCGAAAACAGCGCCAGCAUUGGCCGAAAUGCCCAAGACAGGUGAUAUUGUCUUAGCAUAUUACGAAGGUUUCUAUUACCGUGCAUCGAUUGCUGGCAUCGAAGAUGGUAAAGCGAUAGUAAAUUUGCUAGAGCUUGGUAAUGUAGUCACUACACCGGUAGACAAAAUGAAGAACUUGAGUCAAGAUUUGCAGAACGUUCAGCGUUUUGUGUUUAAAGCGUCAUUAAGUGGCUUGGAGCGACAAACGAUGAAAACCGAUAAGUGCCUGACUUACUUAUAUGAAUUGCUAGAGAGACGCGCACCAUUAAAGUUCAUUUCGAAAGCGAUUGGUUCGUCUUCAAGAGUUGUAGAAUGUGAACUAAUUGUCAGUGAGACGAAUGAACGUGUUAACGGAAAGCUAACGACACUGAACAGCAUAAAAGCCAGCGAGUGUGUUAUGAUACAUGAAAUUCCCAUCAAACCAUUCGACGGCAAUGCUACUGAAGCUGUUGUGAUCGACAAUUCAUUGGCCCUAAAAGGCAUUCUUACUGUGGCAACACCUGCACAUAUGUCAGAUAUGUUUAACAUGCACGAAAGGAUUCAAGAAUAUUGCAAAGCCGAAUAUAAAAGUCCAUACUCUCCUCGAGUGAACGAGAUAUGCCUUGCCAAAUGUAAUGAACAGUGGUAUCGAGCCAAAAUCGACAAAUCAUUUGCUGACAUGAAUCCGGUGAUGCUCUUCAUUGAUUUUGCCUUGUUCAACAAAGUGCACGUGGACAAUAUGCGGCGCAUGCCGUCGGACUUCAAAUUCCCAUUAUAUUCUGUAAUGGCUGAAAUUGGUGACAUAACUGACACCACUGACUUGAAUAAAUUGGCCGAGAUAUUUCCAUGCAUGUCUACAGUGUCUGUGGCAAAGGUGGAAUUUGUGAAUGGGAAUACUGAUGAGCCGACAAUUUAUUUCAACAUACCCGGUGGUUUGCCAGAAGAGGAGGUCGUUCAAGAGGUUGCUGAAAAGGUUGCCACUCCCACCGUUUUCCAGCCGAGACGAAAAUUGCUUGAAAGUUUGAGAAAAAAAUUUUGCACCCAAGCUGAGAACUCAAAAUAAAAUGUUGAAUUCCAUCCCGUAAAUGUUGAGAGCAACCCGACUACUUAUAUUCACCGCCUAGUGUAACACUUAGAUACAUUGUAAUUAGGAUGAGAACUCUUUGAAUAAAGUCAGUUCUGAUUGUAAACUCAAUA